GGAUUUGGGUGGGGUUUUCCCAUCACUCUCUUCUGUGUGCAUGCUGUAGAUUCUUGUAGCUCUUUCUGAGUGUUUGAUGCCUUUGAAGCUGUCGGUAAACCAUCUCAGGUUUUCAACUGCUCUGAUCUUAGAAGUGUGGUGUCUCAUCUCUGCUGAUGACUCUCCAACAGCUGAAGCACCUGCUGCACUUCCAUUUAAAAUGAAAGAUGAAAUUGCUGCCACAGUUUUCUUCAUCACAAGGCUAGUGAAAAGGGAAGAUAAGCUGAGCAAGCAUAAGGUGGAGAAAUUUGCAGCUAAGCUGACAACAAUACUGUUUGAGAAGUACAAGAAUCACUGGUACUUGGACAAUCCUUCCAGAGGACAAGCCUUCAGGUGCAUAAGGAUAAACAAACAUCAGACAAGAGACCCACUGCUGGAGCAAGCUUGUGUGGAGAGCAAUGUGGACUUUGAUAAGCUUGGUUUGCCAAAAGAGAUGACAGUGUGGGUUGACCCCUUUGAGGUGUGUUGCAGGUACGGCGAGAAGAACAGGCCCUUCACCGUGGCACACUUUGAAGGGGAGGAGAACCCAGAGCUUCCUCAGCAGAUCAGCUAUGCUGUCGACAGGGCAGCUCUGGACUAUCAUUCUGGGGUUUCUUCAGAUGAGGAGAGCUUCAGCAAGGAGCCAAAAGCUAUCCCUACUGUCAGCAACCCUAACAGCGUCUACCAGUUCAGUGACUACUGCAAGGCUCCCAUACAACCCUGGUGCCAGUACCUGCACAGGAAGACCUACCUGAGCGAUGGCUCUUGCUACGCCCAGCACAGGGCUUACAGAGCCUGCAGGCCCACAGCUGCCUUCGCAGGACUGCGAGUCGAUAGGUACCACUGGGUCAACACCAAGCGGUAGAGCUGUGGCUGCCCCUGCUGAAGCCCUGAGCUCUGUGGUACCAGGGGAAGGCUGUCACUAGUGAGUCGAAUUAAAACCAGAAAGCACUUUCUGUCUAACCUCUAUUUCUGCCUUUUUGUGCUUGUCACACUCUUCUUGGAUGGGGGGAGGGAGGGGAGAGAGAGAGAUGUGUUUUAUGAUGUGACCUUUUUAAAGUGUUUUAUUAAUGUGAAGAUAAGAUUGAAAAUUCCAUGUGAGGCUUUGCUUUGUAAGUCAAAAAGGAAAUGCAUCUAUCAAUAAAUCUGCUCCUGGUGUGUUUUUAAAGCCA